AUGGCAAUCCCCAAAAAGAUCGGCGUCUUGAUCGGCAGCGUGCGCCAGCCACGCAUCGGCGAUCAAGUCGCCGCUUUCGCUGCAGCCACCAUCAAGUCUCAAUCCUCAUCCACCGACUAUACCCUCCACACGAUCGACCUCCUAGCGUGGGACCUGCCCAUGUUCAAAGGCCCCGAAGUCCCGAAAGCCAUCAAAGACCCCGCCAAUUACACGCACGAGCGCACCCGCGAAUGGAGUGCCGCGAUCUCCGCUUGCGAUGGCUUCAUCUUCGUACCGUGCGAAUAUAACUAUGGCUACCCGGCCAGUCUGAAGAAUGCGAUUGAUCACCUCUGCUGGGAGUGGCAGGGAAAGCCGGUUAUGUUUGUUGCGUAUGGAGGGUAUGGUGGAGGCAAGAGCGUGGAACAACUGAAAGGGGUGCUGGGAGCGUUUGACAUGAAGUUCACGGAGGAUGAUGUGCUGCUGGGGUACCCGAGCUUUGAGUGGGCCGGGGAGAAAGUGUUUGCGGGUAAGGACUUGGGGUUGCUGGAGGAAGAGAACGUGUGGGCAGGCCAUCGUGACGCCAUCGUCAAGAACUUCGAUGAGUUGUUGGGCUUGACAAGGGCGCCUGUGAUCGCGACGAAGUGA